CUGUGAUGACAGCACUCUGGGAGGCUGAGGCAGGAGGAUCAUGCAGGUUGAAUUGACCAAAGCAAUGGUUAUGGAGAAGCCUAGUCCCCUGCUGGUCGGGCGGGAAUUUGUGAGACAGUAUUACACACUGCUGAACCAGGCCCCAGACAUGCUGCAUCGGUUUUACGGAAAGAACUCUUCCUAUGUCCACGGCGGAUUGGAUUCAAACGGAAAACCUGCAGAUGCAGUCUACGGACAGAAGGAAAUUCAUAGGAAAGUGAUGUCACAGAACUUCACCAACUGCCACACCAAGAUCCGUCACGUGGAUGCGCAUGCUACCCUGAACGACGGUGUGGUGGUCCAGGUGAUGGGACUGCUGUCUAACAACAACCAGGCUCUGCGGAGGUUCAUGCAGACGUUUGUCCUCGCUCCUGAGGGCUCUGUUGCAAAUAAAUUCUAUGUUCAUAACGAUAUCUUCAGAUACCAAGAUGAGGUCUUUGGCGGCUUUGUCACUGAGCCCCAGGAGGAAUCUGAAGAAGAAGUAGAGGAGCCUGAAGAAAGACAGCAGACACCUGAGGUUGUACCUGAUGAUUCUGGAACGUUCUAUGAUCAAACUGUCAGCAAUGACCUGGAAGAACAUUUAGAGGAACCUGUUGCUGAACCAGAGCCUGAUCCUGAACCAGAACCAGAGCAAGAACCUGCAUCUGAAAUCCAGGAGGAAAAGUCUGAGCCUGUUUUAGAAGAAGUUGCUCCUGAGGAUGCUCAGAAGAGUUCUUCUCCAGCACCUACAGAUAUAGCUCAGACAGUACAGGAGGACUUGAGGACAUUUUCUUGGGCAUCUGUGACCAGUAAGAAUCUUCCUCCUAGUGGAGCUGUUCCUGUUACUGGGAUACCUCCUCAUGUUGUGAAAGUACCGGCAUCACAGCCCCGUCCAGAGUCUAAACCUGAAUCUCAGAUUCCACCGCAGAGGCCUCAGAGGGAUCAAAGAGUGAGAGAACAACGAAUCAAUAUUCCUCCCCAGAGGGGACCCAGACCAAUCCGUGAGGCUGGGGAGCAAGGUGAUGUUGAACCCCGGAGAAUUGUGAGACAUCCUGACAGCCACCAGCUCUUCAUUGGUAACCUGCCUCAUGAGGUGGACAAAUCAGAACUUAAAGAUUUCUUUCAAAGUUAUGGGAAUGUGGUGGAGCUGCGCAUAAACAGCGGUGGGAAGUUACCCAACUUUGGCUUUGUCGUGUUUGAUGAUUCUGAGCCUGUGCAGAAGGUCCUUAGCAACAGGCCCAUCAUGUUCAGAGGUGAAGUCCGUCUGAAUGUGGAAGAGAAGAAGACGCGCGCUGCCAGGGAAGGAGACCGUCGAGACAACCGCCUGCGCGGACCUGGAGGCCCCCGAGGUGGGCUGGGCGGUGGCAUGAGAGGCCCUCCUCGCGGAGGAAUGGUGCAGAAGCCCGGCUUUGGAGUGGGACGGGGGAUUGCUCCAAGGCAGUGAAUUGCUCUUCACCGGUCUCCACCAAGCAAAGAACCCCAGCUCCUGCAGAACGGUGAAUUUCGCCAGCCAUCCUUCGGUGUCUGGGAGUGUGACCCCAGUCUGUUAUAAACUGCUUCAGUUUGUAUAAUUUUACUUUUUUGUGUUAAUGGUGUGUGCUCCCUCCCUUUCUCCUCUUUCUCUUGGCCUUUCAGUCCUUUACUUCCAAUUUUAUGGAACGAUAUUUUAGGAGUAACAGAUUUUUAAAGAAGAAAAAAAAGACUGCAUUUCCUUGCUUACUUUGCAUAUACAGACUGGAUUUUUUUUUUAAACAAACAGCCAUUUCCCCAAAGGAAUGUGUCACUUAUUACUGACAUUUGGUAUGUUUCAUUCAUUGGAAUAUUUCUUACUUAUUUUUUACGUGUUUCAAAAGCCUGUGAGAAGUACAGGAUUUGAUAAACAUUUUGGAGGCAGGGAAAAUCCAAAUCGUUUCUUCUUUGAGAGUCAUGACUAUCUUCUGAUGUUGAAAAAUGGUCAUACGGGAAAUUUGAAAAACUCUAUCCUCACUGAUAUGGUUAAAAACUGAAUAAAAGGUGUUAAUAGAACUUUUCUUUUGCUAUUGAUCACAAAGCAGUUCUAAAACCUGUUUUUACUAUUGAAACUUAAAUUGUAAGAUAGAUUUUGAAUGUCUAGAAUGCAAUUGAUAGGCUUUUCUUGAACUGUUAGAUUUUUUUUGAAGUAGAAUUUUUCAUUUGUAUUUGUUAAAAAAACAAAAAAGAAAAAAAAUACUAACCCUUCAAAUCCGAAUAACAACCAGAGCAGAACUGUUGUGCCUUCUAUUUAUCUGAAAUUCCACUCUUGGCAAUUGUUUAAAGAAAAAUAAAUCUAGAUUUGUUUUAUUAGGUUCAGAGAUACGAGGAAUUGUAGACUCCCUCUUUCUUCACCUUAUAUGACUUCUGUUAACAUUUGUUAUGCCUUAUUCUUCUAAAUUGAGUCUCAAACUGGAAUGCCUUUGAGGACAGACGUUUCUGUAGAGGUUCUUUGACCCAAAUAGCUGAGCAUUUGUAUUAGGUUUUAUUUUGGUAUCUAAUCAGAUUCCUAAUCAUAGUCCAUAAGAAAGAAUGUGACUUAAACAUUGGACUUAACUGAUGUGUUCAAGUGUCUGCAGUUUUUUUUCUUUAAAUCAUAGCCAUAUGGUAAAUUUCCUAUUUUGUUAUGGUUCUCUUUUAUUGAUGGGCAUGCAGUGGGUGUUUCUUGGAAAUGGCCAAUUUUUAUUAAAAUAUUUCUGGAAGAAAAUUUAAUCUGGCAAUAUAGACUAAUAAUACUCAUUUUACAGUUAUGUUAUUUGUUGAGUGCUGUGUGUGAGGUGGGUGAAGGUUUUAUUUACACCUGUGUGAAAUAAACCUUUGUGUGGUAACUUGUCAUUACUAAUCUAAGGGUAACCAGGUUGGUCGAAUUUAACUUACUUUCUUAUUAACAGCGGUGAACUUUAGGACUGUCAUUUGAGGAUAGCAUGUGCAUAGAAAUAGGAAUGUUUUGUUUUGCUGUUAGUGAGAAACUGUAGGCUUGCUGUGAAAGGAUUAGCUAAAACUAAAAUGAAGUGUAACGUUACCAGUUUGGUCCCAGUACCUUAAAUAUACGAAUAUCGGUAGCAUCUCCUUCACAUAAAGAAAACUUAAGUAACUCAAGUCACCCGGCUGUGUUUUGGGUCAGUUUAAGUAACUUGUGAUCAUUUUAUUUGGCCCAGGCCAGUGAUAAUUAGGAGGAUUUCAGUUUGUAUCUCUGUAGCUUAUAUUAAGCUUGUGGUAAAAUGAAAAAUGUUAGCCUGAGUUUGUGUGUGUGUACAUUAGUGUUAACUAUUAGUGAUUAAACCCACGGCCUUUGCACUGAACUUUUUCCCCAGCCAUUUUUAUUUUUUUAUUUUGAGGCAGGCUCUUGUAAGUGGCUAAGUUGCUUAGCCUGGGCUUGAACUUGAUCCUCCUGCCUCAACUUCCCAGAGUGCUGGGAUUUCAGAUGGGUGCCACCACCAUCACUACACUUGGCUGUGAGUUACUUUUCAAAAAAAGAACUUCAAGGUUGUAAAUUAUAGUUUAGAAGUUAUUUUUCUUAAUUAAAUAUUCAAUUGAUUCUUUUCCUCGGUUUAUUUAAAAAGAAAUUUACCCCACUGAGAGGUUUAAGGGCACUAACAAGGCGUGGUGUUACACCCCAUCCUGGAGUACAUUUGCAAGUUUGAGAUUCAGAGGGGCUAUGGGGUAUGACACCACUUCUCACUUGCCCUGGCUGGGGACCAAGCAUCCCGGAUGUUGUGUACAAGCGAAGCAGCCCCGCCCCGCCUGGGACACUGUACUCCUCCUGUGGGUGAGCGGUAGGGUGGGAUCAGGGAGCUGAUUGAAGGAGGGCAGUCUUUUGUCCUGACAUGGGCCUCAGAUAAUUAGGGAAUGUGAAUACCUCUUAGGAAUUACUGUAACAUUUGCUCUAAGAAGAUCUCCCUUCCUGUUACUUGUACUGAAUUGUGAGUGCGUGCCUUGGUGUGCAUGUGUUUAAAUGUGGAGCAGUGUGGCAGUCUGCUGGACGCUGCUGUAGCUUCAUUGCAGGGAGUCGCUGCAUCAUCUCAGAAACACAUUUCCUCAGUAACUCCAAGUCUUCAGAUUUGGCUUGGUUGUGGGGUUUUGAAUAAUAUUAGACUCGCAAGGUGGGGUUUAACUUUAUGCUCAGUACUGGAUCCUAGCACCCUUGUUUAUGUGACCGCAUGUAGGAUAAGGACAAGAACUUAGGGAGGCAUGCAUCCGCACAGCUAGGAAGUGGAUGUUGAGUGAGGGCGACAUUUUCUGUAAGAACAGCAGAUGAUCACAUUCACUGUUGCGGGUUUUUCAAGUGUAGACGCUCAUCUGUAGCAUGGUAGUAGUUCUUUGCUCCUGAGCUUCAGACCCUUGACCUAUGAGUGUUUUAACUAGAUCAUCUUAGUUUGGUUCAGUAUUUUGGUUCAUCUUUUAAGAUCUGUUGAAAAUAAAUAGAUCUUAGCCUACCAAAAAUAUUUUUGCUUUCAAUGUGAAGUUGACUCUGAGCUCUUGCUCUGGAGCAGUGAAAAGGAUAAUCCAAAAUAAUUACCCAGUUUAGGUUGAGUCAGUUACUGCCACAGCAUUAGUUCAGCUGCACUUUAUAAAACCAUUCUCAAGCCUCCCGUGUGGAUUGUAUGAUGUUACCACUAAAACAGCCGAUGGGAGAAAUGGCAUCAGAACAGUUACAUGACCAGGCCUCAGAGUCCUGCAGAUAGCAAGGAAAAGGUUGUCCUUAAAAUUGUUGCUUUUUCUUUACAAGUACAAUGCCUAUCUUUUUACAGUUAAGUGACAUAUUUAGUGAGCAGGGUAUUCCUUUUUUUUUUUUUUUUUUUUCUUUUUUUCCCUAGCCGUGUGGCCCCAGACUCUUGCCUCAGCCAGGUGGAGCAGUGUGGCAGUCUGUCUGCUGCAUGCUGCUGUAACCUAACUGCAGGAAGUCACUGCAUCAUCUCAGAAACACAUUUCCUGGGAUUACAAGUGUGUGCCACUGUGUCUGGCUUGAGUAGGAUAUCCUGUAACAAAGUUACUACUGUACGGAGACCUUAGUCUGGAAGAUAUUCAGAACAAAUUUAGCAUUGCUGGUCUUCAUUUUCUUGAGAGCAAGUAAGAUUAUAGAAUUUGUAUUUUAUUGUAGGUCUCCUUUUGAUGUUUAUAAAACCUAUGUGAUGGCAGUAGUUUCUUAAAAUUGUUUUCUUAAUCUGGUUUACAUUAGUACACAUUUGAAAUUUGGAUGUGGGUGAUCACAGUAUUUUAUUAUAACAUAAUUCAGGUGAGUUUAAAGUUACGUUUGACACUUAAUAACUGCCUUCCCUGGUAAUUUUCUGUACCAACUUUGUUUUUGGAAAACCCUUGUAGAAAUUAGUGAUUUAGUGGAAAAGGGUUGCACUUUAUAGAAAGCAGUUAGAAUAGAACCUCUGUGAAGUUUAGAUUUGUAGACCAUGGUUUAUGCUGAGUGAAUUAGUUCUUUAAAUAGUUCCAGUUGUCAUAUCUACUGAUCUGUUUCAUUUUUGUGCUAUUUAAAAGAAUCUCUGCAGAACUGCGUGCAGGUGAGAUAAUUGUUGAGUUUUUAGUUCAGCAUUUUUUAACCUUGUAAAGAAGGAAUAUCAAUAUUUAUUUGAAUAUGGGGUUUUAGCUGACUGCCAAAUGUACCAAAGGUAGGCAGUGGACAGAGAACCUUCCACAGUGUUCUAGAAAUAUUUAGGCAAUGUCUGUGGGAUUAGGGUAGGAUAGAGCUGCUAGUCUACCAGUGGCCAUGUGACAUUAGAUGACAACCAAGUUAAAUAGUUCUGAUUUUAAGAAGCUUUUGGCUUUCUUUAAAGAUACCUUUGGGGUUUGUAUUUGUUCACUGCGAUGUUGGGAGUUUGGGGACCAUUGGUGGACGUGUGGACUCUGGAUGAUAAGGAGGAGUGGCGGCACAUGGAGGAGACAAACACUUCUGUUCAUAAGCUUAGUGGAUCUGUAGCUCAGGGUAAUGUGAAAUUUCAUAUACGUACUAGCCACAGAAUAUGCCCUGCACGAGUAAGCUUGACUGGAAGUCACCGACAGCCCCAACCCGUUCCAGUUUUGAUACCCUUUUUGUGUAUUGGCUUAGAGUCAAGGUUUAUUUUUCAAGGUUAAUUCGGCUUGUUUUGAAAACUUAGGCCAGUCUUUUUCCUCUCUACUUUGACUUGAACCUAGUAACUUUUUUUAGGUCGAUGUAAGUGAGAGUAAUACUGGGAAAUAGUUCCACCUGAAACUCGUUAUAAACUAUAUGAUUUGGCCAGCUACAGAAAUCUGUACACGUUUAGUACUUGGAAGUAUGUCCCAGAUUUUAAGGGAUAUGCUACCUGUGACUUAAGUUUUCCCCUCCUCUAAUGUAAAUUAAAAAUGUUUGCCAAACAUUCAUCAUUUACUUCGGUAAUUUUCAAGAAGCUACCUAUGGGGCAUUUGCCUAUAUUUUUGGUAGUAAUUAACAAAAAGGGGAGAUUAUAUCCUCUUUAAUAUGGAUAGAAAUAAUUUAAACUAAUACUGUAAUUAAAGCCACUUUGGUUACUGGUUCUCGCUAAGCUUUGAUGUCUCCUGUUUGACUUUCGGAUCUGUUUACAUUUUAAAAUUUUGUUAUGAAGAUUGUAUAUACACUGAUUGUGUCCUUUUAAAUGGAGACAUUAUACCAAGAAGCAAGCGUAAGGACAUAGGGGAGAAGACAUUUUUGUUCCCUUAACAUUUGGUGCGCACUAACUUGAGUAGCUAUGGAACAUUUCAAAAAUAAAUUCAUGUAUAGAUAGAAGUGACAUUUUAAAAGAUUGGGGGUGGAGGUAGAAUUUAGCUGAGAGGAGUUUGUGAUUUAUAUGGAAAAAAAUGUAUUUUGAGAAAAAUCAGGAUGUUUCCUUAAAGUUUUCCUUCCCUUUCUGAUGAUUACCUACCACAGUGGACAGCAGAGACUCCUGGAACUUUUCAGUCAUAGAUCACUAAUGCUGGAAGGGAUUAAGAGGUGGUUUGUUUAACCUUCGCUUUACAAGAGAUAUAUUAAUGGCUCCGAGUCCCAGAUCUGCUUAUAGAGGAAGUGUGGAGCAGGCGAGGUUCCCUAUAGAAGGCUAGAGCUGCUAAAGAUCAGGAUGUGGGCAGAGAAAGGAAGGCACCACGUUUUUCGUGUUUAUCCAGUCCGUUCUCGAUUUCCAUUUUCAUACCCAAGUUUUCUCUGUUUCCUUCGGGCUGUCUUCAUGCCCAGCCCGAUCCGGGCUUGUUGUCUAAGGACAUUGCCUUGUGCUCCCCUCAGGGAUGGGCCUACUACUAGCUCUCAGAAGGCUAUUGAGUAUCCUGAUGUUUUAGUAGCUGAAACUCAGCUGUAAUUUUCUCCUGAAUACUGCAGCGGUUUGUAUUCUGUACAUUGUGGUGCUUUUCCACCUUGUUAUAACUGUAAGCUCCUAGGGGGCAGCAAUUUGGUCUUAGAUGUGUACCUUUUAUAGUACCUGGCAGCGCCAUGUAUGUAUCCAGGCCCUGAUGUUCCUUUCCAGGUGUUUCUCUCGUUCUUCGUGGACACGAUGCUCCAGCAUGCUCAGCCGCUGGCGGUCCCUCAGUGAGGCUGCCCUUGCCGAUCCCAUGGAUUCAAGUGCCUUCUCUCCCCUGAAGAUAUGCUUGUGUCUGCACCCUGCUUCCCAGUCUCUUCAUCGGCCAAGUCAGUUUUUUAAAGAUCGAGUUCAAGAGCUGUUUUCACCCUAAGAGAUUUGCAACAGGAAUAGGGAAUCCCUCUGGGGGACUGAUGUGUCCAGAAUUUGAAAUGAACACGUUCAUUCUCAUCUAAUUCCGUCUUGUCCCUUCUGUUUGAGGUUCUGUCCUGACCUUCGUAAUUUAAGCAUUGUGUUCCUGGAGCACUUUACACCUUUCUCCUAGUUCCUAACUUACCCGUCAGCCUAGAGUUAGAAUUCUGUGACCUGCUUAACUGCUUUGUUAGACUGUAAGUUCCCAGAGAAAGAGGGCUGGGGGUGGUGGGUUAAUCCCUGUAUUCUCCCAGAAGAUGCAGUUAGACCUUAAGAGUCCCUAGUGAUAGCUGAGUCGAAUAAUGUAACUUUGUUUUUAUUUGUACAUGGGAAGCAUACCUGGAGAAGGUUUUGAAUUCAAUAAAUUUUAGAGGCACUGUGACAUCUCAGUGGAGGAAAUCAUGGGGAAAUUUUGGGGAGUGGCCCCCAAGAGGAUGAAGUGAAGUCCCUGGCUGUCCUUGGGUUCUUCCGUCCCCGGCCUGGGAAAUGAGCCAUUUCCUUGUGUUGCACCUGGCGUGUCCCAGGCACUUUGCGUUUAUGCAGAGUGAUUGUCCUCGUUUUCAGUCUUGCUGCUUCCACUGCUUCCCGUCCCCAGUGUCACCCAGGGUGUCACCCAGGCGGCAAGUGCAGUCGCCUGCCUCCCUUUUCGCUCCUGUCUGCACCCGGCGCCCAGCUGCAUCUUGCCAUUUACCUCAGCAGGCUUUCACCUCUUUUCCCUCUGUACGUAAUUUGAAUCCUUCUCGGCUUCGUAAUACCUCUUCUUAGUCCAGCUCAUUUUCUACACUUAGAUUCAUCUCACUGAAAAUGCACCCCCGACCGUGUAGCCCACCUGUGUGUUCUAUCCCGUAUUAAGACUGUAAGCUCUUUAUGGGCAGGAUGUGUGUGUGUGUCAUCUUUGUUAUUCCCCGUAGCACCUGCCAAUAAAUACUUCUUGAAUGAA